UAAAAGCCCAUCAGUUGCCUCUCUCUCUCUCUCUCCCCUCUCUCCCGACUCGCAUCUACCUCUCUAUCGAGAAGAAGGAGAAUAAGAAAAGACUUCUAGAACCCUCGCCGAGUCGGCCUCUGAGUUAAUCGCGACAGGGGGAUCGAAGGAGAACGGGAGGGGGAGAAGGGAGUAGAAGAGCGAAAUCCACUACGGAUUCCGAUCCUUUGGAGGCGGACACUCGAGAUCUAGGUCCAAAUGGCGACGGCGACUCGGCAAGGGCCGGAUCGAAUCGGAGAGAUGUAUUUGAUUCGGUUGGCGUGCGUCGUUCCUUUUGGAUUCUUGGAUCUUGGGGAAGGAAUUUGAUAUGCUUUCUUGGUGGACUAACUUAGUGGCUCUCGUGGAUUCACCAUUUUGUCAGGCGUAAUUGAUGACUCAAUGGAGCCUGUGGAAUCAUCAAAAGUAGAAGCUGAGCAGAAAACACUUUGUGCUGACGAUUCAGAUGGACAGCCACUCUCUGCUAAAGAUGAGAAAGCAGUAUCACCUAAUGUUUCACAUGACUCAAACACCAUGAAUCUAUCAAAAGAUGCCCCAGGCCAGCUGGGUUCUUUGGAUGCAGGUGGAGACCACAGUGCUGCUUAUCCAACCAAUAUCUAUGCUCCUCAGGCACAAACAUUCUUCUCUGGAGCGUAUGGAAAUACUGCUAGUGAGUUUGAAGAAUAUCCUCGGUUUUUAAAUGUCGAGGGCUUGGAAGUUGGACCAACUGGUGUCUACAAUGAGAAUCCCUCUCUCAUGUACCAUACUGGAUACGGGUACAGUCCUCAGAUGCCUUAUGGACCGUAUUCUCCGGUUACAACACCUUUACCUCCUGCCAGUGGAGAUGGCCAUCUCUACACUCCUCAGCAUUUCCCAUUCUCGGGCCCUUACUACCAGCAACCAGUUCCUCCUAGCAUGCCGUUUCUUACUUCUCCUACUCCGGUUUCACAAGCUGAGUUAACAAUGCCAGUUGAUCAACGAGGAGCUUUUCUUGCUGAUGCUUCGAAUUCCAGUGGCAUGCUGUUUGGACCAGGACCUCGUUAUCAUGUUUCAUACGGCUCUUUCGGUAGAGAUUGGUUGAAACCUCCAGAUGGGACAGGGCCGUUGACUCCAUUGUUGCCAGCAGCUUCACCUCAGCCGAUUGGUGCACUUGGGCCUUUUGGGCAAAGCACGAUGCCUUUAGCUGGAACGGCUCCACAGCAACAAAAGCCCUUUUACGGUUUUGGAUCCUCACUUAGCUCCCGUGACAGAGGGUACUCUCGUGGUGGGAUUUAUCCUCAGGGCAGUAAUAUUGGGGGGUCCCUUCCCAGAUUGGGCAUUAAUGUUCGGAGUUUGAGUGCAGUUGACAAUGGCAAAAGGCAAGGAAAGGGUAGUCCUUCAUUGUGUAGUUGCUAUGGCACUCCAGACUUUCUCUGCGAGCAAAAUCGAGGGCCACGGGCCACUAGGGCAAAGAGUCCAGCAGUGGAACAGAACUCAUCACAGGAUGGUAAAAAUGACAAUUCUACUGCAAAAAAUCAUGAGUUAUAUAACAGUCCAGACUUUGUUACGGAGUACAAGGCUGCCAAGUUCUUCAUAAUAAAAUCUUACAGUGAGGAUAAUGUCCAUAAGAGUAUCAAGUAUGGUGUUUGGGCCAGUACUGUGAAUGGGAACAGGAAGUUAGAUUCAGCUUAUCAUGAGGCAAAAGAGAAGGACAAUCCCAGUCCGGUUUUCUUAUUUUUCUCGGUAAAUGCCAGUGCACAGUUUUGUGGGGUUGCUGAGAUGAUUGGACCUGUAAAUUUUGAGAAGAGUGUAGAUUAUUGGCAGCAAGACAAGUGGAGCGGUCAGUUCCCUGUCAAGUGGCAUAUUGUGAAAGAUGUCCCGAACAAUCUAUGCCGCCAUAUCAUCCUUGAAAACAAUGACAAUAAGCCAGUAACCAAUAGCAGAGACACUCAGGAGGUGAAACUGGAACAGGGUUUGGAGAUACUAGGCAUUUUCAAAAAUCAUGAGGCUGACACGUCAAUUCUUGAUGACUUUGACUUCUAUGAGGAGCGGGAGAAAGCAAUGCAGGAGAGGAAGGCUUGGCAGCUGCAGCAUCAGCAGCAGCUAUCGAACUCUAGAGUGACCUCUUCAGCAGUUGUCAGCAACGAUCAAAGGAACCCAGCAGUCAUCUCUGGUGAUGUCAUAAAACAAAUUUCAAAGAGUUUUGCUCAAGCUGUCCAGUUGGAGGAAGGUAAGAUUGCAGACCCACCUGGAGCAAUUAACAGCUCCGCCAAUGCUACUGCUGCUCGGAUAAGCGAGCAACUGCAACUGUGACACAGCAGGUAGAUUCUGCCCGGAGAUCUUUCAUGUCUCCUGCCAAAAGGUGUCUUUAUUUGUGAUCUGGCAUCUAAAGCUUGGAAGCGGCAAUGGAUAGCUUCUCGAUCAUAUGUACAAUACAUAGGCCUCACCAACAGCAAUGGGUAGCUUCUCCACCUCCCUUUUCUUUUUUUUCCUCUUCAUGUUAUUUUCCUUUAGUUGUCUGGUGGCAAGCCUUAAGCAGGGCUGGAGUUUUCUGCAAGCCUUUGUAAAGUUUCCAGUUUGGAUGCCAGAUGAAUAAGCUAUCCUUUUCUAGUCUUACCUUAUCUUUUA